AUGGACCAACUAUGUUCUAUAUGUCAUAUAAAUACGUAUAAGUACAAGUGUCCAGCCUGUGGGUCUAAGACAUGCAGCAUAGAGUGUGUUAAAAGGCAUAAGAAGCAAACUGAGUGUAGUGGAAUAGCAGAUCAUACAAAAUUUGUUCCUAGAAAAGAACUAUCAUCGGAUACAACUCAUUUAAAUAGGGAUUAUAACUUUUUAUUGAACUUAGAUCGAAGGAUUCAAGUUGGUAAAGAUGAUGCUAGAUCAAAUGCAAAGAAUGUAUUUAAAAGGAAAUUCAAUAAUCCGAAUUUAGCUAAGAAUAAACGGUUUAAGUCAACUAUUGCAGAACAAUCAGAUAAAAGGAUUGCCAUAAUAGAGAAAUAUUUUCCCCAUAUGAAUCAAAACUAUACUACAAAGAGACAAAAUACUUUAGUCAUUCAAUUACCGCCAGGGAUGAGUAGAUCAAAUUCGAAUAAGACAGGUUAUGAUAAAAAACUGGGUUCAUUUACCUGGACAGUGGAAUGGAUAUUAUUGGGAAAUGACGGAGAAGAAAAAGCCAAAUUCCUUAGUUAUAGACUUAAAGAACACUUGAUCAUACUGGAAGCUCUUCCAAUGAAUAUCAUCAAUAAUAAAAAUGAUGCUGAAAAUAACAUUGAAAAAGAUCAACUUUUCUUCUACUUUGAUAAUGUUAUUAAUUUCAAGAAUACAAAGUAUUCAAUGUUUGAAGUAGAUAAAACCAAAACCAUAGCUGAUACAUUACAAGAUAGGAUGGUAUUAGAAUAUCCAACGUUCUAUAUUUCAACUUCACAAGAUGCUAUUAAAGAUUAUAUCAUUCAAGCCCAAGACAUAGACUCUGUAAUUUCCGAAUCAAAGCUAACAGAUGAUGCUCAGAAAGAAUCUGGGGAUUCAGCUGUUCAUCCAGGCUCUGAUUUGGAUGCAGACGAUGAUUCUCUGUCUACUUCAGAUUCAGAUGCAGAUCUGGAUUCAGACAGUGACUCUGAUGAUGAAGAAAGUAGUUCUGCAGAGGAAAGCGAUGACGAUGAUGACGGAGCUCCAGAAGAAUCGUCUUCCAAAGAACCCGUUCAUUCAACAUUUAAUGAAACCUCAGCACAGGAUUAA